AUGUCCAUGACGCCGAUCAAGGUUCGCGGCAAGAGAGCCCCGGUUCAGACGGAAAGCUCAAAUCACUCCAUCAACUCUGUCCUGAACCCAUAUCCGAAGGGCAAACGGCCUGUCUCUCCUGCUUCCCACUUCUCAACUUCCCUAGCCAAGUUGCCUCGUCAUAUCAACAAUGUUGGUGAGAACUCGGGCCGGCAUGCGAGGUUCGCAGCUCCUUUCGAGCAACUGCCAACCGAACUGUUGGAGACCAUCUUCUUGCAUGAUCUGAACAUAAGCCUGCCGCAAGCUUCACCGAUCAUUGGUAACAAGCUCGCGUCUAAACAUGUGAAAACCCAGCUCGUGCUCAGAGUAUGCAGUGCGGGAGGACUCAGUACCUAUCCCUGCGAACAGGCCGCCUUAUUUCCAUCUAUGACGGACCAUGCAGAAGCUCAGUCUGCUAUUCUGCGAAUGAGGUGGAUGACAUGGACAUUCAUUAGGCAGCUCAUACCCGACUAUAUAACAAAGACCUUAGUGCGAGAACUCAGUGAGCGCGGGCUACAAUGGAUGGGGAAGGGCCCUUUGGUGACAAAGGAAACCGAGUCUACAAUCCGACAGUAUCUGGAGGAUAAUACCGUUCGUUUUACAAAAAGAAAUCAAGAUGAUCCACCGGUGUUCUGGAGUAUCAGUUGGCGUAUUGAAAACCCUCCUAGGUUCAUACGCCUUUCAUUUGGACUUCAUGAUGGCCUGGUCACGAUCGAAGACCGCCGCGUACACGGAUUGGACAGGUCCGCACAACACGUCAGGUCAUUGUCUGCCGAGCGUGACCAGUGGAGGAUCUUUUGUGGUAUCAAUGGUUGCAAAAUACCAGAAAAAUUGCUGCACGGGCCUUGGACCACGGAAAAGUGUGACUUCCUCGAGAUGGUCAUCAGGGGAAAUGCUACCGUCGACUGGGUCGGCACUACCAGUGGCGAAGUCGCCGAAAAAGGCUUGAUGCAAGCUUUGCGAGAAGGUAAUGCCCGUGCAACGAGAUUACUAGUGACGAGAGCUGGAUCCCUUGUCCCUCAGGGGCUCUGGGGCCUUCCCUACUUACGUAGUAGUAGUACCGACAUCGAGAAACUAGAUUCCGGGCCUUGGCCGAGGGAAGAUUUGGUCCAGGCUAAUGGUUUUGACCUGAGAGGCGUCGGUGUUAUUCCUCGAACGAAACACUUGAGAACAGCAGUCCUCGAAGCAGGUUGUCAGCAGGACAUUGUCGAAACUCUGUUCAUGGCCGAAGAUACGAACAUCGACGUUGAGGACCGAUUUAUUCUUCAUUGGGCCAUUGAGAAAAGAGUUCUAGGUGAUGAGCGUGGCCCGUGGCUGCUCUCGAUGCUCUCCUUACGUGCUGCCGGUGGCACGAAGGAGCUGUUUGCACCAUCUGCAUCACAGGGCCGUGCCUUUGCCGCAGAUUAG